GUAUUGAUAAGAAGUCGAAAAUUUUUCGACUCGAUUAACAUACGAAUUAACAAUUUAAUGAGCCACGAGAAAUAUUAUACAUAUUGUCGGGUUCGUUUUUUAUUUAUUUAUUUAUUUAUUUAUUUUUUUAUUAUUUUCUUCUCUCUCCUUUUCUUUUUUCUUUUCUUUCUAUCACGCAUACGUUCGAUAAUUCCGUUCGAAUCGCAUUACUUUUUUCUUUUUUUUUUUUUUUUUCAUUCUUGAUCCAAGAUAAUUGAGAAAAAGUCUUUCUUUAAUCACGGUUCGAUCACUUCUUCCAAUAAUCUCUCAUUGCUAUUGGCAUAAUAUAAGGUAUCAUAAAAAGUUUUGCGUCCUCGUAAUUUCCUAACUUCCUGGUUUCCGCUUCAACGGCUCGACAACAUAUCGAGCCUCGUGUCCUCGUCCUGCAUUCACUAACUACACACGUUUGAUGUCAAAGUCAAUACUACUAGAUCGCGAUAAAACCGAGGAUGAUCGUGCUACUACUCCGGAAUCAUUAAGGAGCAGUAGUCCAGCACCAUCUCCACCACCUGUACCAUGUCAAUCGACGAACAACACGCCUUCGAGUACACCACCGAGACGCUUCAUUUCAAGUAUCCUCGGUGGGGAUGUACCCUAUGGGAGCAGAGGUCAUGUAUUAACUCGCGCCGAACGAAAGGAAUAUAGUACGCCACCUAUCAUUCCCACGCCAUCCGGAGAUGCUCCGCAAUUUAUCACAAAAACGGAAAAGCUCGUAUUACCGAGGCCGCCAACCCCACCUAAGGUCCCACGUGUCGAACCACCGACCAGAGUUUCCGUGAUUCAGAGGGUACCACAUCAGAGUCAAGGUAACUCCAGAAGGGAAGAGAAGAUCGAAGUUCCUCAAAGUCAGGAGCCUGAGCAGGAACAGCCGAUAGAUUAUGCGGUACCGAAAAGAAAGGAAGAGGACGACGAGAGAGGCCGCGAGACUGCAAAAGUAUCGCGCACGAUAUGUAAUUCUAUUGCGAGACCAUUACUAGCUAUGAGGCUUUCCGGGCCACAGAUCGUUCACACAGCCGCAGGACUUGGAAGAACCAACAAUUCUGGAACGAACAAUGGUUCUUCCAGUUCUAAUUCAAAUUCUAAUACUAGUAAUUCGUCUUCCUCGGCGUCAUCGUCAUCCUCGAACACGGGUAAUUCCUGCAGUUAUUCCGGAGGUGGUACCUCAGGAGGAGGGGGUGGUGCUGUAGGUGGCGGAGCUGGAGGAGGAGGAAUGAAUCCAGGUGGGAAUGGGGGCCGGGGCAAUUAUGCCCCAAGUUCACCACCUACUGGUUCCUUACCACCGUUCUACGAGUCCCUUAAAGGUGGCAACAACCUAGCCAAUUUCGCGAACCAAUAUACGACCAGUCAAGGUAAUAGUUACCUCACACCUACUCCAGCGAUAGGGAUGGAAUGUGACACGGGACAACAAGACGUUAAUUCGCAACAUGCUCAGUACAGUGCCCAAGAAGGGAAACAAUACUCGUUACUUCAAAAUGUUUGCGCAUCUUAUGGUUUGGCAUUGAAGGAGGAAGAGGAUCUAUCCGCUUAUAAGAUUCAACCUAAUGAUUUGUUAUCUGGUCAAUAUGGUGCAUAUGACGUCACGGAAAACGGAAUGAUGGUCGAUAUGGUGACCGGUGCCGUUGUCGAUCCAUUGCAAUUUACAGCUACAUUGACGUUUAGUUCACCGUCCGAUCAUACGGCAUUGUUGGAAAGUCUUAACGAUGCCGCAGAUUUAUUUUUACCUAAAUUACAAGCCGGAGAUGGAGGUAACGAUCUACUCGAGGACUCGUUACAUUCCCCAGCCUCCGCUGGGAGCGGCAUAGUUCAGGACGCAGGUCAAAUGACCACGCCCGUAGAACCCAGCGUAGACCCUUUUCCUGAGCAUAGUAUAGCCUUAACUAGAGGCUUCGAUGCAUCAAGACAUUACAAUGGAACGCCGCAACACUUCAAUACCAAACUGGUUGGUCUUACAUAUGCAACCGGGGAAGCUGGUUAUCAACCACUAGCUAAGGAGCGGCCAGAGCUGGCGUUGCAUUUAAAUCAAAAUCAUCAAAGCCAAUCGGAACCUCAGUUACAACAAUUACAAAUUCAAGUACAGUUACAACAUCAGCAGCAGCAGCAGCAGCAACAACAACAACAACAACAACAACAACAGAACAAUAUGUCACCUCAUCAUUCGCAACAACAUCAGGGAUUAUUGAGCCCUGGUCUUAGUUUUGUUGGUAGUGGAUUGGAAUUAGAUUCCGGUAGCAGCGUUGGAGGUAGUUUACCAAGUCCCGGUGCUACGAGUUGUUCCUUGGAUGGUGCAUCUACCAGCACAUCUCCAUCAUGUGCGUUAAUGGAACAUGCCCCAAGUCCACCAAUAGGCGUAUCGAAUGGUGUGAAUAACGGUCAAGUUAAUGGACAAGUUGCCGAACCGCCUCUAUCCCAACGGGUCGGUGUACUACAGCAAAGGUUGGGAUUACCGGGUGAUUGCCAAUUGGAAUUCGUUAAUGGCGGUCAUGGUAUAAAGAAUCCAUUAGCUAUCGAAGGACAAAGACAGGCUACUACCAGUCGUGAGGAGGAUAGAGCAACUCGACCAACAUCCGGAAAGGAGGACGGACCAAUACGUUUCACCUGUCGCGUUUGUAGCAAACAAUUCAACUUACAACGGCUCUUAAAUCGACAUAUGAAAUGUCAUAGCGACGUUAAACGUUACCUUUGUACAUUCUGCGGUAAAGGAUUUAAUGACACCUUUGAUUUGAAAAGGCAUACAAGAACGCAUACAGGUGUGAGGCCGUACAAAUGUAAUCUAUGUGAGAAAAGUUUCACCCAAAGAUGUUCCCUCGAAAGUCAUUGUCUAAAGGUUCACGGAGUACAACAUCAAUAUGCAUAUAAGGAAAGACGUACUAAGGUUUACGUAUGCGAAGAAUGCGGUCAUACUACGCAAGAACCGGAAGUACAUUACCUUCAUCUGAAAGACAAGCAUCCGUACAGUCCAGCUUUAUUAAAAUUUUACGAUAAGCGCCACUUCAAGUUCACUAACAGCAAUUUCGCCAACAUGUUGCUACAGGGUGGCAUGCUACAACGAGACUCAAGGAUUUCGGAAACCUGCGUUAAAUCAGCCUCGAAGACCUUCGAAAAGCCACAUCAGCGUGCUACCUUGUUACAUUUGGGUCGAGCUUCCAGUUUCUGAAAGGAGAGUUUCCAUGGGGUAUCUAACAAAAGGUCUCAAAGCAAUCGCAUGGGAACGUAUAAGAAGAACGAAGAAAAAUACAAAGAAAGAAUAAGGAAGAAGAAGAAGGAAGAUUGCAAAGACUAAAACACGUCGCGUUUUCUGCGACGUCGCGCGAAAGAAAGAACAAAAAAUAUAAAACGAAAAAAAGAAAAAAACAAAAAACAAAACAAAAAAUUAGAGACAAUUUAUAGAUAUUUUUUAAUAGUUCCGAUACCCUAUACAGACACAGUGCGUAUUAUAAAGA